GACGUCAUUUACUUUGAACAGCUCCGGAAGUCCGUUUACCAUCAAGGAGACUUUCCAGGCUCACAGUUUCACACCGCUAGUUGCAAACGUCCGGCAUGUCAGACCACAUGAGUAAGUCUGAGUUGAAGGAUUAUGAGUAUAAAUACUAUAAAGGAUUGAAGGCUGGUGAUUUUCGACUCAAAGCCUCCGAUUCAAAAUAUACAUGCCCCUUCUGCCAUUCGAGCGGUAAGAAAGGUUACCACCUGAAGGAGCUUUUGCAACAUGCGUCGAGGGUUUGCCGCGAAUCGAAGAGCUCGAGUUCAAAAGGAAAAGCUAGGCACUCGGCUCUUGAGAAGUACAUUGAAAGACAUCUUAAACCUGUUCCUAAAAUUGAUUGCCCAAAGCCUGACAGAGACCAACUAUUUGUCUGGCCUUGGAUGGGUAUUGUGGCUAACAUUAAAACUCAGUUGAAAGAUGGACGGCAUGUUGCUGAAAGUGGUACCAAAUUGAGAGAACAAUUUUCCAGAAAAGGAUUCAAUCCAGUGAGAGUUCAUCCAUUGUGGAAUUAUCGGGGUCACUCUGGUUUUGCUAUUGUAGAGUUUAGCAAAGAAUUUGAUGGUUUCAAUAACGCUAUGGAUUUUGAGAGGAGCUUUGAAGUGGAUCAAUGUGGUAAGACGGAUUAUAUCAAGGCAAGAAACCGAGGGGAUAGAUUGUAUGGAUGGGUGGCUCGUGAUGAUGACUACAACACGAAGAGUAUAAUUGGUGAUUACCUUCGUAGAAAUGGGGAUCUAAAAUCUGUUACUGAUAAACAAUCAGAGGACAAGAGGAAGGAAUCCAAGCUUGUCCAAGGUUUGACUCAAACUUUGGAGAAGAAGACUAUGCAAUUGAAGGAGGUCCAAAGCAAAUACCAUGAGACUAACGAUUCCCUGAGUAAACUGAUGGGUGAAAAGGAGGACUUGAUUAAAUUUUUCAAUAAUGAGAUAACGAACAUGCAGAAGAGGGCCCGUGAUCAUGCUGAGAAGAUCCUUAGGGAUCAUGAGGAAGAUAGACUGCGUUUGGAAGCUCAGAGGAUAAAGUUGGAGAACCUUGAGAAGGAUUUGCGACUCCGUCAAGCACAAAAUGAAACCGAGAGACAAAAACUACUUCAUCAGAAGAAAAUGAAUGAGAGGGCAACAAUGGAGCAAAAGUUGGCUGAUCAGAGAGUGAUGCGUUUGGCUGACAAACAAAAGAAAGAAAAGGAAGAACUGCAUAAAAGAAUUCUUGGUCUCCAAAGAAAACUUGAUGACAAACAAGAGUUGGAAUUAAACAUCCAGCAAAUGAGAGGAGCGCUGGAUGUUCUGCAAGAAAUGAAUCACAUGGGUGAGGAUGAGGAUAUUAAGGUGAAGAAAGAAAUGGAUAAAAUUAAGGAGGAUCUGAAGGAUAAAGAGGAGGAGUUGGAAGCAGUGGAAGAACUGCAACAAACCCUUAUAGUCAAGGAGCGUAAGACCAAUGACGAAUUGCAGGAUGCUCGCAAGGAGUUAAUAAAUGGGUUAGAACAUUUGGGCACUCGACCUGGUAGUAGUAAUAUUACUGUGAAAAAAAUGGGAGAGCUGGAUCAUAGGCCAUUUUUAACUGCAGCUAAGGGAAAAGGUCCAGAUGAUGAGGUGUUAGCACUACAGUUGUGUUCGCAGUGGGAGGUAGAUCUAAGAGAUCCGAGCUGGCAGCCCUUUAAAAGGAUAGAGGAUCAGCGCGGGAAUCUGAAGGAAGUUAUCGAUGACGAAGAUGAUAAACUGAAAAUUUUAAAGAAUGAGCUUGGAGAUGAGACAUUAGAAGCGGUGACUAAUGCUCUGAUGGAGUUGAACGAGUACAAUCCUAGUGGUAGGUACGCAAUACGCGAGCUCUGGAAUUCGAAGGAAGGGAGGAAGGCCUCGUUGAGGGAGGGCAUUAAAUAUUUACUUACUCAAUGGAAGAAUAAGAAACAAAAUCUUAAGCGGAAGAGGGCUCUACUCUUUAUUUGAAACUUUGGAAUUAGAAUGGAUUUGCAGAUCUGUAAUUCAUAUUCGACAGAACGAGAGUUGGUUCGUAAUUUUAUGAGGCCUAUGCUUGGAGUGCGCAAAGAAAGACAUGCUGAACAGUAAUUAUCUCAUGCCAAACUUGGAUAUCAGUUUCAGUAUCCACCAGAUUUCAUUGUCAUGUAUGGGUUUUAAACUAGCCUAUCAUUUUGUUUCAUUUAAUUGGGAUGCUUCCAGCAAAUGACUAGUUUGAGGUAAGGGCUUCACCAUUUUCAGGACAACAAGG